CACGCCAACUCACUCUAUCCUUAACAUGCCCCCACGAAUAGCAUUCAUCUCCGGACCUAUCGACACCGGCUUCUCCGAGUCCUAUUUCAAGCACUACACCCCCCUCAUCGACGCCGCCAUCGCAUCCAAUGACUCCUUCGUCAUAGGCCCCAUCCCGUACGGCGUGGACACCAACGCGCUUUCAUACCUCCUAUCCUACCCGAUCGCACCGUCCCGAAUAACCAUUUUCGUGACACCUUCCGAAAAUGCAACAUGGGGGGCCACGUUCCGUGGACUCGGAGUGAACAUACAUGUGGUGGACGGGCAGACCGGACGGGAACGAGACGCCGCGAUGACGGCCGCGAGCGACUAUGAUAUCCUGCGGGUGCGGACGGCGGACGAAGGCAGGGAGUUUUAUGGCCGGAUGUACAGGGAUGGGUUUGUGACGAACACGGAGCGGAAUUGGAAACGAAGAAGGGGGAUACAUGAGGAUGUGGUUGUACAGGCGGAGGAGAUUAAUCGGGAUGUUGGGAUGGUGGACUCGGUAAGAGGGUCAGGUAGGGUUAAGUCGGGGGUUUUGAAAAGAUUUUUUGGCAGAGUCUAAGGGGAAAUAUUCCCUGAUGUAGAAGGCAAUUUAAAGCAGUGCGUGUGGCCAUAGAAGUAGGAAGUGAGUUUCCGUGUAAGAAGGUUUAUAUAAAACACAUCAUGGACGAAGGUAUCUAACAUGAAUUGAAUCGAAAC